AUGCUCUUUGUUGGAUUGCUAUGGUCAGCAUUUGCUGUAGUCGCGUUAAGCGAUACUGACGUGGAUCAAACCGUGCGGGAUGUCACAACUACUAAGAGUGGCGCUAAAUGGUGUCCAAUGCCAGUAGUUGGAACAGAAUGUCCCGCAUCAAGUAUAUUUCAUUAUUAUGCUUGCUGUGGCAGUGCUAACAAGGAUUGUUGUUUCAAUCUACAGUUAUGGGUCAUUGUUGUUUUGGCAGUUAUCGCAGUAAUUAUGCUUGCUUCUUUCGUAAUUUCAAUCCUACGCUGUCUAUUCUGUCGUCGUUAA